AUGGACACCAACCACCCCGCCCCCGGACCCAAAAUACACCUUCUCACAUCCAUCUGUCUUGCCUCAGGACUCAUCUUCAACACCAUCAGCCUUGCACUAGGCGCAACCGCGCUAUCGGAUUAUCUCAACCAACGCACGUACCUCCUCCGUCUCGUCCCCAAAGCCUCCAUCCACGACAUCGCCUACGUCGGCGCUCUUAGCUACGAUAUCGCCUGCUGCACCUUCUCCGUUUUUGCCCUACCAACCGCCCUUCUACUCCUCUGCAUCCACAGGCGCCAGCACACCCUUCGCGCCCGUCGCCUCCUAAUCGCAUGCGUCGUUCUCGCUCUACCCAGCAUUCUGAGUUUGGCGAAUGCGCUUGCACUGACGGUUAUCACGGCCACCGGCUCCGUGUCCUUCGGGGACAGUGUCGGGCCGCGCGUGACGGCGUACCUCGAUGCAGAGGCGGAUGGGCACGGUACGCCUGUUCUGUAUCGGCGGGAUGCGGUGGCGAUUGGGACGGUUGUGUUUUCUUGGUUGGGGUGGGGGUGUUUAUUUGUUGGAUGCGUUGUGUUGGUUAAUAUCUGGAAGAGUGCUACGGGCGCACAGCGGGCUUUGGGCUUUGAGGGUGACAAGUUGAGUUGGCCGGAGGAUGGGAGCUCUACCUCUUAA